AACUAUUUCAGACAAAAAAUACAAAGAACACCGAGUAAAUUCUCCGCGUGAGACCCAUUCAAUAACUGGAAGUUUUCACUGAUUAUCAGACAGUAUAUUUUCUAAUUUAGGGAAAAAAAAGUAGUUUUCAGGCGGAGACAGUGGUCUUUGUUGGAGAUUUUGCUGACGGCGGCACUCGUGACAUUAUCGCUGCAGUUGUCGGCGGCAGCGAUGGAGAAUUUGGUUUUUGAAGUUCGAAGCAAGUUCGGCGCGCGGGAAAAUAGAAAAGGAUCUUGGAGCUCUCAAAGCUCACGACGCUCGUCGUCACUCAAGUCCAUUGAUCUCCCUCUCGGCGGCGAUAGCUGGCCUACUGGUUUAUACUUUGCUAAAAUCGGACUCGGAACUCCAUCAAGAGACUUUUUUUAUGUCCCUAUCGAUACAGGAAGUGAUCUCUUAUGGGUGAAUUGUGCCGGAUGCAUCAGAUGUCCUAGCAAAAGUGAUCUGAUGAAGCUAACACAGUAUGAUUCAGAUGCUUCCUCCACUGCACGGCCUGUUUCUUGUGAUGACAGCUUUUGCUCUUCCUACUUUAGCCAAACAUCUAAGUGUGAUCACUCAGUUACAGGAACCGGUUCUACCAAUGGAACUAUUAUCUUCGGAUGCGGGUCUAUACAGACUGGUGGUCUCGAAGAGUCCGUAUCGGCAGUUGAUGGGAUAAUGGGAUUUGGAAAGUCGAACUCAUCGUUUAUAUCUCAGCUAGCUUCACAAGGGAAGGUGAAAAGGUCUUUUGCACAUUGCUUGGAUAACAAGAAUAAUGGAGGUGGUGGUGGUAUAUUCGCCAUUGGAGAAGUCGUGUCACCAAAAGUGAAGAAGACUACUCCCAUGCUCCCUAAAUCAGGUCAUUAUAGUGUUAGCCUCACCUCAGUCGAAGUUGGUGACUCAGUAUUACAACUUUCUUCGGGAGAGGUCAUUGUUGACAGUGGUACCACUUUGGUUUAUCUUCCUGCCUCUGUUUACAUGUCCUUGAUGAAUGAGAUCUUGGCUACGCAUCCAGAGCUUUUCUAUAGGGUUGAAGAUUCGUUUACUUGUUUCCAUUAUACCGACAAAAUUUACAGAUUAGACCGGUUCCCACCUGUCACAUUCCAGUUCGACAAAUCUGCUUCCUUGACGGUGUAUCCUCGGGAUUAUCUACUCCAAUUUGAAGGAGAUAAAUGGUGUUUUGGCUGGCAAAGCAGUGAGAAUAUAUAUGGAGGAAUCUUGUGGAUUCUUGGAGAUAUGGCGCUUUCUAACAAGUUAGUUGUCUACGACAUAGAAAACCAAGUCAUGGGAUGGACCAAUCACAACUGCUCAGGAGGAAUACAAGUGAAGGAUGAAGAAAGUGGAGCAAACUACACAGUCGGUGCUAACAAUCUCUCAUGGUCCUCUUCUUUAGUUACAGUUGUUUCUCUCCUAGUUCAUUUCCUCUUUACCCAUUGAUUUAGCCAACAAACAUAUCCUAGGUAAGACUUGCUUUGUAGUUUCAGAAAAAAAAAACUUUUGGUCAAAGACAAGUUUGGUAUCACAGACACAAGCCAUUAUUAUUGCAUUAUGUGUGUGUUUUCACUC